AUGGGCACGCUCUUGGAUGCCUUGUGGCGACCAAGAAGUCCUUCCAUUCAGGUUUGGCGUCGGUACAUAUGGCAUUUUCUUGUACUCUACAUAAUAUUGCUGGGUGUAGUGCUUCUAACCCUUGUGUCAAAGCUGAAUGGGGAAAACCGUGUAUCAGUGCGAGAAAAGAUUCAUAGCCCUUAUAACCCGCUACCAUUGACACUAUCCAAAGCACUGGUUUUGGCUAAAAUACGAGAAGAGAAUGUAUCCUGGGUGGACGAUCUUCAGCCUCAAUGGACACCAUAUAUCUACACUGUUGAUAAUGAGCCUGGGUACUUUCCGGUUCCGGAGAACAAAGGGCGCGAGGGCAUGGUGUACUUGACGCACAUUAUUGACCAGUACGAUACCUUGACUGAUAUCACAGUUUUCAUGCACGCAUCAGCUACACAAUGGCAUAAUGAUGUUGGUGACACGAAUUCGUCUACUGUCCUGUCUAUGCUGCGCCUCGAGGCGGUAAAGCAGACAGGAUAUGCGAACCUUCGUUGCCAUCAUCGUCCGGGCUGUCCAACCGCAGUCCGCCCUUUCGAUCCCGAGCUAGUUUCAAGCUCAAGCAUUGUAUACCGUAAUUUCACCACCAUCUACACUGAACUCUUCAACACAUCAAUCGAAACGGUACCAAAGGAGAUUGGGGGAGUGUGCUGCGGUCAGUUCGCUCUCACUAGAGAACGGAUUCAUCAGCGACCACGAGAAGACUAUGUCCACAUGCGAGAUUGGGCUCUCUCUACGAGUCUAGAUAACUUUACCGUUGGGUCUGUAUUUGAAAUGCUCUGGCAUAUGGUAUUCUUAGAGGACCCAGUUUCAUGUCCGGAUACCCAGCAGUGCUAUUGUGGACUUUACGGUCUGUGUAAUGAGUAA